AUGGAUCUGCGAAUGCCGCUGGGCUUGGAUCUGCUGACGGUUUGCAUGGCAGCCGUUCCGGAAGAACGAGAACUCGAGAAGGACUUUGAGAAUGGCAAGUGGCCGUUUGGUGGCACAGGUGGGCCUGAGGGCGUCCCCACCCCGGCAGGGGCGAAGUGCGUCGAGAUAAGCGACCUAUUAGCGCGCACCGACGGUCAAGCUGGCGAGUAUUCGUUUGGAGGGCCUGCUGACUCAUUGCCAGCGGCCCCUGGGCUGCACGUUGACAGUGUUGGGGCUGUCCCGGUCCCUCUCUCCGAUGAUGUUGCUGCAAGACUCAUUGCCAAGUGUGAGAAGUCCCCCUUUGGUCACAACAUGGACACCAAGAUGGACGAUGAAGUGCGCAAUAGCUGGCAGAUUGGGCCCGAUAAAGUCCAACUCAAGAACCCCAAGUGGAGCGUAGGAAUGAGUGACAUGAUGCUCGAGAUCUCGGAGCGUCUGGGCUACAAGGACAUCAAGUUGGGCUGCUCUCUCUACAAGUUGCUAGUUUACGGAGAAGGUAGUCACUUCCUGAAGCACCAAGACACGGAAAAGCAGGACGGAAUGAUUGCAACUUUGGUGGUGCAGCCGCCGAUUCGGUAUCGCCACGACUUCGGCAAAGCCGACGGUACUGCGGCCUAUCUCCCGCACUACGCGGUGCACUACGCCGACGCAGAGCACGCUUUGGAGAAGGUGACGAGUGGCUUUCGCCUUGCUUUGGUGUACUCAAUCUGUCUGCCGCCGAAGAAGCGCCACCUGGAACGAGCGACCAACAAGCCACUGGGUGAAGACCUGGCGAGUGUCAUCAGCAGCAUGGGGCCCGACGACAAGUCUUUCGUGCUACUGCUGUCACACGAGUACACCCAGAAAAGCGCUCUUGAUUUUGGUGCUCGAGUACUGAAAGGUGUCGAUCGCGUGAGGUUCGGUGCCUUGGAGGAAGCUAACGGCAUCGUGGCUGAAGACAAGAAGCUCGUGUUCUUCCUCGCUGAGCUCACGCACAAGGUCAGCUACGCUAAGAGUACUCAAAAGCUUGGGUGGAUGGAAUACGCCCGCAAGCAGUGCACGAACUGGUACACGACAGACGGCGAGAAUAUUGGCGAGGUGAAGAAAAUGAAUGUGGCGUUCAACUUCCUCAAUCCUACGCACCAGUCGAAUUCUGAGCUGUGGAUGCCACACGGGACCAAGAAAGACAAGAGGUACACUGGCAACGAGGGACCGACAGCAAGUACCAAGUAUUCGAGAUUCGCGGUGGUGGCGUGGCCUGUUGCCCGCCAUCUUGAGAAUGCUGUGAAGUUUUUGCCUAUGGACAUUGCGAAGAAAUACCGCGACGAGUUGCCCAAAUGGGAGUUCAGCAAGUUUUGCCUGGUAUUUUUCGAGUCGCUGCUGAAAGUUGGGAAUUCAGCGCUGGUGAAGUCGUUCCUCACGGAUCUGUGCCCCUGUCUUGGCGGUGUGGAGGAUAACGAUACCCUGAUUUCAUCCAUUGUGGCGCCCUUGCACGCCUACGACUGGAACGACAUUGGUUCUGAAUUUCAGACAUCGUUGGGGGAAACUGCUGUCUCAGACUAUGAACCUCUAACUAUUGGAUGUUCCAUCGUGGAACUUACGCUGCGAGUGGUUGACAGUCUUGAAGAUGGAGCAGCACAGCAAGCUUUACUGAAAAUGGCCCUGGAGAAGGCGAUGGAGCGUAAAGAUGAGAAAUUCUGUUCGAGCGAGGUCGCUGGGUUACUGUGGAAGUGGGCGAUGAAGUGUGCCGACAAGACUACCUUUGAUGCGCUGAAGAAUAAACUGAAGCAAGCCGACGCAAGCACACUCCAACCGACUAUUGAAACGCUAUUAAACACCUUAGUCACAGGUGACCGUGCGGGUGAGAUGUCUUCGUUGUUGCAGACGGCCAGAUCCAGUCGCAUCAAGUGGCUCAAGGAACAGAUUCAAGAGUUGAGCAAGCCCUUCACGUGGGAGAUGCCGGAUGCCAAGUUGUAUAGCAACAGGGACGUCGAGACAUUCCUGAGAGGCCCCGAAGAGUCCAUGACUGUCGAGUUUGAUACUAUCGAGGAUGCACGUGAUUAUGCGGAGGCUUGGGAGAACCGUAUGAACAACUCGUCGUUCAAAACCGAAGCUGCUAGCAGCGGCGAGAACGCGUUCAUUACAAUCACCAAGACUCGCGAGUGGUUCGAUGAUCGCCAGAAGACCUUGGAGCAGUACAAGGAGGAGCUAACGCGUAUGGUGCAACAGUUCGGCGAGAGGGGUGACGAUGGCGACGAGAGGAUGGAGUGA